UUUCCCUUCCCCCGCGGGAAGAUGGCGGCGCCCGCAGCGCUGCUGGCCUGGUGCGUGCAGCACCUGCGCGGAGACUUCGGGCUGGACGUGGGCGAGGAGGUGGUGAGGUACAUCCUGUCCAUCAGGGACGAGGAGGAGAUCCGGGAGUACGUGUUGGACCUGCUGCAGGGCGCCCAGGGCAGCAAGAGCCUCUUCGUGGAGGAGCUGCUGGCCCGCUGGCGCCAGGCCUCCCAGCUGCCCCCACAGCCCCUGCCUGCCUGCUGCCACAAGGAGGAGGCAGCAGGGGCUCCCCGGGCCGCGGAGCAGGCGCGGAAGGCCAAGCGCAAAGGGCGGAACAAGCAGGAGCUGCCUGCGCAGGCCCAGCCCGGCCCCCAGGCUGAGGACGUGAAGACCCCCCUGGACCUGGCCAAGGCGCAGGAGGGCGGCGCGGGGCCGGCCGGCGGCUCCAAGAGGAAGGCCAAGUUCGUCAGCCUGUACAGCAGGGAGGGCCAGGACCGGCUGGCAGUGCUGCUGCCCGGCAGGCACCCCUGCGAGUGCCUGGCCCAGCGCCACCGGCUGCUCAACAACUGCCUGCGCUGCGGCCGCAUCGUCUGCCAGCAGGAGGGCUCCGGGCCCUGCCUCACCUGCGGCGCGCUGGUGUGCACUAAAGAGGAGCAGGACAUCCUCCAGCGUGACUCCAACAAGAGCCAGAAGCUGCUCAAGAAGCUCAUGGCAGGUGCUGAGGGCUCAGGGAACUUGGAUGCCAGGAGCAAAGAGUUGCUGCCUGGGGAGGAAGCAAGGCUGAAGGCAGGCCUGGAGCAGGCUGUGAAGCACAAAGACAAGCUGCUGGAGUUUGACAGGACAAGCGUGCGCCGCACCCGGGUGAUUGACGACGAGUGCGAUUACUUCGCGGCCGACUCCAACCAGUGGCUGUCGGGGCGGGAGCGGGAGGCGCUGCGGCGGCGGGAGCAGGAGCUGCGGGAGCUGCGCCACGCCGCCCGCCGCGCCGCCACCCUCAGCCUGGACUUCGCCGGCAGGAGGGUGCUGGAGGACAGCGCCCCCCAGCGCUACCACAGCCGGCUGGAUGAGACCAUUGAAGCCAUUCAUUGUGGCACCCUCAGCCAGCCAGCCACGAGCCCUGAGGCAGAGAGCUGUGGUGUCCUGGUGAAUCCAAGGCUGCUCCAGCCUGCUCCUCUGUGGGUGGAGCAGGCUGGGCUGGUGCCGGUGAGGAGAGGCAGCCCCGGCGCAGAGCCCGGCACGGAGCCCGGCGCGGGGCGCAGCCGGCUGCGCAUCCAGGACCGCGAGCUGCAGGAGAUCUCGGACCAGGGCUGGUGCCUCAGCAUGCACCAGCCCUGGGCUUCCCUGCUCGUCAGAGGCAUCAAAAGGGUGGAGGGCAGGACCUGGUACAGCUCCCACCGAGGGCGCCUGUGGAUCGCAGCCACUGCUCGGAGCCCUUCCGCCCAGGAGAUCUCGGAGCUGGAGGCCACCUACAGACUGCUGCUGCAGGAAGAUGUGGAGUUUCCAAGUGAUUACCCCUCAGGGUGCCUGCUGGGCUGUGUGGAUGUGGCUGACUGCCUGUCACAGGAGCAGUUCAAGGAGCAGCACCCGGAGCUGAGCCAGGAGUCUGCCUCUCCCUUUGUCUUUAUCUGCACCAACCCCCAGGAGAUGGCUGUGAAGUUUCCCAUCAAAGGCAAGCACAAAAUCUGGCGGCUGGAUGCCAAGAUCCACCAGGGAGCGAGGAAAGGGUUAAUGAAGCAGAAAGCCAGGGGGUGAGCGGCGGCGGGGGAGCGGCGCCCUCGUUCCCACCGAGCAGCCGACUGCCGCCGGAGGGUGCCCGGAGGGUGCUGGGCUCCGGCGAGC